AAGAGAGCACAAUCCCCGAGGCGAUGUUUCGUUACAUAUGGGUGAUUGAACAAAUAGAAGUAGAAGUAUGCCAUAGGUUGCACGAAUAGAAAAUUAAUCUAUCAAAUAUGACGGUAAUUUCACCGAAAUGAAACGCUCGAAGGCAUGGUUAUCAUGAGAAAAAUUAUGUACUCUCUGAUCUCGAGCGAAAGAAGUGGCGAUAAGGGUAGUAAUACGGGAUUGGCAAACGGAUGGACCAAUGACGAGGGAGGCUGCGCUGUGGUUCGAGUGGUCGCGGGAUUCACAAGUGCGAAACAGUCGGCACGCGUCCUUCGAGACGUUCGCACAUUUUUUGAUCUUCGAGAACUCGCGAGAGAACCCUCGUUCCGAAAGAGUUAUCGAGCUUCAAAGAAUGGGAGAGAGUUCGCCAGUGCGUCUGACUAGUUCCAGCUUGAACUAUUAAACGGGAAAGAUACUGGAUGUCGCAGCGUGACAAGCACUGGAACAGAAGUGUAGAGACACCGAGCAAAAAAUGGGAAUCUUAUUAGACGAAAAAUGGACAGCCUGAAUGCUAACGGCAACAACACUAGUGAAUUCUGUAAUAUUCAGUACAAACAGUUCGUGGCGCCGUACGAAGAGCUUUGGUGUAAUCCGGUAUGGGAUUCGUUGCUCUGUUGGCCGCCAACGAAGGCUUCUACCACGGCAAAGCAGCGUUGUCCCUUCGUGGAUGGAUUCGAUACGACCAAGUCUGUAGAGAAGAAAUGCGGCUACAAUGGACGUUGGGAAGCACAGAACGGUACGAACAUGAACGAAGAAUCGUUCAUCGGCUGGGCGAAUUACACCACCUGCUUAACGCCAGAAAUGUUGUGGCUUCACUACAGAGUCUACAACAAUAAUGUCGAAGGCGAGAUGAAAAUGGAAAUAGCCGAGAAAACUCGUACUCUAGAGUUUGUCGGUCUCAGUAUAUCUCUGGUGGCUUUGCUCGCUUCCUUGGUGAUCUUCUGUCGAUUUAGGUCGUUGCGAAACACGAGGACGAGGAUCCACAAGAAUCUCUUCGUCGCUAUGGUCGUGCAGGUGCUAAUCAGAUUAACAUUGUACAUAGACAUGGCGAUCUAUCGUAGGGAGCCGCACGGUAUGCAGCGAGGAAUAGGAAAUACCCCGGUACUAUGCGAGGCUAGUUACGUGCUACUGGAAUACGUCAAGACUGCGAUGUUUAUGUGGAUGUUCAUAGAGGGUUUGUUUUUGCACAACAUGGUAACCGUGACAAUCUUUCAAGAGACGUCUUAUUACCGGAUAUAUCGAUUCGUUGGAUGGGGAUGUCCAGUGCUGAUGACCUCGGCUUGGGCGGUCGUUAUGGCGUUUUAUUAUCAUCCGAAAUCAAAAUUUCUCAGAUGUUGGUCGGGAUAUAAUUUAUCGUCCUACUUUUGGAUUCUCGAAGGGCCCAGAUUUGCGGUAAUAUUGCUCAACUUUUUGUUCUUGCUAAAUAUUAUAAGGGUGCUCGUAGUGAAGUUACGGCAAAGUCACACAAGCGAGAUUGAACAAGUUCUAAAAGCUGUGAGAGCAGCCGUCGUACUUUUACCAUUAUUGGGCAUUACUAAUGUGCUGUUCAUGAUCGAAGCCCCGUUGGACAAUGUAAGCAAGUUUGCCGUGUGGUCUUACUCCACGCAUUUUCUGCGAUCCUUUCAGGGUCUCUUCAUCGCGACACUUUACUGCUUUCUUAAUGGCGAGGUAAGACUCGCUUUGGAUAAAACCAUUGCCAUUUAUUUUUCUCUGAGAAGAGGCGAUUUGCAAACUAAAAGACAAUUGACCCUUAGCGAUCAACCUCAGCGAAUAACUUCAGUGAUCGAGAUAGAAGAGGAAGAAACGAGACCUGCCGGAUUGAUGAGGCUGUGUUGUCGCGGCGGAAACACCCCGCCACCAGAUCGACCUGACGAAACGCAAGAACAGAGAGAUGAAAAAAUUGAAUGCGCAUUUCCUCGAGGACGACAGUCUAAUCGUAUCAAACGCGCGAAUCUCUCAACGUCCGGCCAGUCUCAGUACUUUUACAGUGGUAAAAUAAAUCAUUGGAUCAUGGAGCUGCCGAUGCUGCAAUCGGACUUCCAGUCAAAAGAAACAGAUUUUCCUUUGACGCAAGUCGGCACAGUCUGCAUCACGUCACAGUGAUCGAGAUUUGCUGUAGAAGCAGUAGAUGAUAUGAAUCGUAAUUUGGACAUCACUGAUAUAAUCUAUUUGUUAAAUAAUGAUUAAAGUUAAGCAUCAAGUACAAUUUUAAUGAUUAUUUUGUAAAUCAGAUUGCUCUAAUCUUUUAGAUCUUAGCAAAAUAAUUAAAAAAUUGCAAUUAUUUUAAUAAUAAAACUAAUAUCUGCAAAGAUAUUUAUU